AUGGCGUGUUUACCACAGGCAACAAACCAGUCGCCAGGCCUCCUUUUAUCAUUUCCCCAGGAAAUCCUCCAGACAAUUUUGAACAACGUUCUCAUAAAGGAACUUUACACAGACAAGUCCAUCCAGAAGCGCCUAUCGUGUCGGAUUCUGCCUUUCUCCCUGAUUGUCCGCAAAACAAAGAGUAUCCGUGGCGUCUGCAGUUCGUGGGCCAUCGCUACCCGUUCCCUUGUCUUUCAAGGAAAAUCAACAAGGGAUGGAUUAGUUCUAAAACUUCCCUGUCUCUUAUCUGAGGAAGGCCUUCGGACAUUUCCACUGCUCAGGGAUUGCAUGGUGGAGCUCUGUCAUCCAUACUCUCUUCCCGAGCUCUAUUUUCUCCAGGAGGAUCUGGCAAAGUCGUCAGUGGAUUCACGCAAAUAUGUCUGUGCCAUUACCUGGAAAUAUGACGACCCCAUGGAUGUGAUGAGAGGUGCCGUUGGAGGCAUGGGAUAUGCGACGAUCGGGCAGAAGAUGGUGGACACCUUUGUAGAUGAAUGCAUUGCCGCAGGCCUGAAGAUUGCGGACUGCGCUGGUCACCGUCCGAACGGCGGGAGUCUAGCUGAUAGCGAGCAGUUGGAGGAGGCUGCCAUCGGGGCGAUGAAACACUUCUUCUUCAAGGAGGUUCUUGCCCUUUGGUACUAUAAUGCCCAUAUUGUUCGACAGAUUCUCAGUGCAUUUCCCCUCCUGGAAUACCUCGUCCUACCGGACUUUCUGCACCUGCCGUUUCUGACAAGGAUGGAAUAUUUCUUUCCUCCAUGUACUGAUCCUGCUGCUGGGCUGUCUCCGUUCGGCGCAGUCAACUUCUCCCCUCCGCAGAUGCUGCAAACUCUUGGGAUCACAUAUGGGGAGAAUGGUCGUCGAUACUCGGACAUUAUGGCGUCUGUCAAGGUGGUGGAUAUUUUCUCAGAGCACUAUAACCCUAUCUUGGCCCUGUUAAGUCGCAGGUCUGAUUGUCUGCCCGCUGGCCUGCUGUCGCUGCUGAUAUUCAACCGUUGGUGCAAUGAAAAUCGUUCCGAAAUUGGAACUGAUGUUGUCGAAAGGUUGAGGACUCACGUUGAUAAGGCAGUUUCUGAUAUACCAGAUAGAAAGAAGCCCAAGCUAUUUGAUGUACAACACCUGAGGAAUGCGAUGGAUGAAAUGUAUGGAGACUGGUUGUCGUGA